AUGGCUGUAGAAAUUAUUGGGAGUACCGCGGGUGCCGGGAGUUUUGUUCUGGAUCUUGUCAGGUGCUUGGCUGCUCCGAUUGGGCGUCCAUUUAAGUACUUGUGGAAUUACAACACCAACUUCAUAAAUCUCGAAAAAGAAGUUGAUAAGCUGAAGGAUGCAAGAGUCAAAGUACAGCGUAAGGUUGAUGCUGCUAUAAACAACGUGGAAGAGAUUGAAGAGACUGUGGAGAAGUGGCAGAAGGAUGUCGAUUCCAUCAUUGGUGAAGCAGAGCAGUUGAUUCAGGAGAAAGCAAACAACCCGCAUUGUUUCAAGGGAUUGUGCCCCAACUGGAUCGUCCACUACAAACGUAGCAAGAAAGCAUUCAAGUUAAAGGAGAGUGAUAUCAGUCAACUCCUAGAUAAGGAAUUCAAUGAAGUUUCUUAUCCUACUAAUCCACCAGAGAUAUGGCUUAGAUCUAACAAAGAUUACGUGGCUUUGGAAUCCAGAACUUCCACUUUGAAGAAUGUUCGGGAUGCAUUGAAUGAUGACAAUAUCUACAUGAUCGGUGUUUAUGGGAUGGGAGGUCUCGGCAAGACCACGCUUGUGCAGGAAGUUGGUAGGAAAGCCAUGGAAGAACGACUCUUUGAUGACAUGGUUUUCAUAGAAGUAACAGAAACUCCAAAUAUAGAGACCAUUCAACUGAAAAUUGCUAAAAAAUUAGGUCUCGAAUUGGGUAAGGAGAGUGAAGUAGCAGAUAAGGCAAAUAAGUUAUAUGCCAGAUUGAAGAUGAGUAAGAAGGAUGAGAAGGGUGAGAAGGGUAAGAAGGAUGAGAAGGAUAUGAGGCCUGUGAAGAUUCUUUUGAUUCUAGAUAAUAUCUGGAAAGAUCUUGAUUUAGCGACUGUGGGAAUUCCUUCCGGAGAUGAUCGUGGUGGAUGUAAAUUACUGCUCACAACCAGAGUCCGUGAUGUGUUGGAUAGGAUGGGUUCUACCAAUAAUUUCACGAUGGGUACUUUAAACGAAGAAGAAGCUUGGAACCUAUUCCAGAAGAUGGCAGGUGAUGUAAUUCAAACACCUGGAUUGAAUUCUUUGCCACAAGAUGUAUGCAAGGAAUGUGGUGGUUUGCCUAUUGUCAUUUGUACUAUAGCAAAAGCAUUAAGGAACAAGAGAGAUCCAUUUAAUUGGGAAGAUGCCUUGGGUGAAUUGAGAGCACCUUCACCGACAAAGUUUGUAGGAUUAUUGGAAGAGGAUUACCAGAAGAUUGCAUUGAGUUACAAAUAUUUAAGAAGUGACGAAUUGAGGAAGACUUUUUUGAUUUCUAGUCUAAUGGGAAAUGAUACUUCCAUUUCAAACUUGUUCAAACAUGUUGUCAGUUUGGAUAUACUUGAAGGAGCAAACCUCACAAUGGAAAAAGCUCGAAAUAGACUAAAUAAACUAGUCCGUGAACUCAAAGACCUUUGUUUGUUACUUGAAGGUUCAAGAAGCAAACAAUUCUCUAUGCAUGAUGUGAUCCGUGCUAUUGCCAUAACGAUUGCAUAUACAGACCACCACGUUUUUACAGAGAGAAAUGACAUUGAGAAGGAAUGGAAGGAUAAAGACAAGCUUAGAAAAUGCACAAAAAUCUGCUUACUUGGAGAUGAUGUUAUAUGUCAACUUUGGCAUGAAGAAUUAGAUUUUCCAAACCUUGAAUUUUUCUAUAUGGAUAUGAAUAAUUCUUUCAAUAUCCAUGAGAACUUAUUCAAGAAAAUGCCAAAGCUCAAAGUUCUGAAUUUAUUUAGAAUACAACUAUCAUCACUGCCACAGUCACUUGAUCUUUUGGCAAACCUUCAAACUUUGUGUUUAUAUGAUAGCAAAAUUAAAGAUGUUGCCAUUAUUGGGAAGUUGAAGAAGCUAAAAGUCCUUAGCUUGCGAAAUGCUGAUAUUAGGGAGUUGCCUACAGAAAUGGGUCAAUUGACUCAACUAAGGUUAUUGGAUUUAAGCAAUUGUAGGGGAUUGGAGGUUAUCGCACCAAAUGUGAUAUCAAAAUUAUCCCAAUUGGAAGAAUUGUAUGUAAGCGGAUGUCAUAUUCAGUGCAAGGUUGAAGUACUUAAGGAGUUGAAGGACUUGUCUAAACUGGCCAGUUUAGAAAUAGAUAUUGAAGAUAACAAGAUGUUGCCUAAAGACUUCUUUUCCAAAGAGCUUAAAAGGUAUAACAUAUCAAUUGGACUUGGAUGGUUUCACCCUUACAAGUGGGUCAAUUACGAACCUUCAAGAAUAUUGGGACUUAAAUAUGAUGAUAACAUCUCCUUAGAAGAAUUACAAAUUUACAAGAAUGUUGAAAUCUUACAGUUAACUGAAGUUUCAAAUGAUGAUAACAAUCUCCUGCCGCUUUUUAAUGAAAAGGUUUGA